AUGGACAAGUGGACAAUGAACAAACUAUACCAUGUUAUUCUCAACAGCAUUGAAUGCAAUGGAGAAAUUAUUAAGGAAAGUGUUUGGAUUACUUUUCCAGCUAGUACUCUCAGAGUCAAGGGUGAAAAUGGCCUUCCCGGAGAAAAUGGUUCCCCAGGAUCAAUGGGACCCAGAGGUCUGCCUGGUGAAAGAGGACGAGCUGGGCCUCCAGGAACUUCAGGUGGUGGCGGCAGCGGCCCUCCUGGCCCACCUGGUCCUGCUGGCCCUCCUGGUCAUACUGGUCCGCCAGGUCCAUCUGGACCUCAUGGAUACCAAGGUUCACCCGGUGAACCUGGGCAAGCUGGAGCUCCUGGUGCUCCUGGCCCCCCAGGAAUGAUAGGACCCCCUGGGCCUUCAGGAAAAGAUGGUGAAACAGGUCCGGCUGGUCCUGCAGGCUCUAGUGGACCUCCUGGACCAAAAGGAGAUGCUGGUGCCCCAGGCCAACCUGGAGGUUCUGGUCCUCCUGGUCCUGGAGGACGUGAUGGAAAUCCUGGUGCCAAAGGUCCUCCAGGUGCUGCUGGAAUUCCUGGUGCUCCUGGUCUAAGUGGAGCUCGUGGUCCUCCUGGUCCUUCUGGAACUAAUGGAAUCCCUGGACAAAGAGGUCCACCUGGAGAGCCUGGAAGCAGAGGAGGAGAUGGUUUACCUGGUAAAGAUGGAGUACGAGGCCCUGUAGGAUCCAUUGGACCUCCUGGUCCAUCUGGCCAAUCUGGUGAUAAGGGAGAACCUGGACCUGCUGGGCCCCAUGGCCCAACAGGACCCCGUGGUGGCCCGGGUGAUCGUGGUGAACAAGGCCCACCUGGUCCUGCUGGCUUCCCUGGAGGUCCUGGACAAAAUGGAGAACCUGGUGGAAAAGGAGAACGAGGCCUUCCUGGUGAAAGAGGUGAAUCUGGACCCCCAGGAAAUGCAGGUCCAUCAGGAGGCCCUGGUGCACAAGGUUCACCUGGCUUUCCUGGAGGUCGAGGCUUACCUGGUCCUCCUGGUAACAAUGGAGCACCAGGAUCACCUGGCAAUUCUGGCCCACCAGGCAAAGAUGGACAUACAGGCCCAGCUGGUUCUACUGGCCCAGCUGGUCCCCCAGGUGGUGUAGGUCCAAAAGGUGAGCCAGGUACACCAGGAGAAAAAGGCCCAUCAGGACCCAAAGGAAAUGACGGUCCACCAGGUCCAUCAGGAAUUAGUGGCGUACCUGGACAGCGUGGUAUUGUAGGAUUGCCAGGAGGAAGGGGCCUACCAGGGAAUUCUGGUCCACCUGGUGUCAAGGGUGAAGAUGGCAAACCAGGAAGUAAUGGAAGCCCAGGGGAACGAGGACCUCCAGGGCAAGGAGGUCCUCCUGGCAUCAGUGGGGCACCAGGAGAACCAGGCAGAGAUGGUAAUCCUGGAACAGAUGGUCUCCCAGGCCGUGAUGGCUCUGCAGGGCCAAAGGGUGAUCGUGGUGAAAAUGGUCCUCCUGGUGUGCCUGGAUCUCCAGGUCAUAUGGGUCCCCCAGGGAAUGCUGGUCCACCUGGAAAAAACGGUGAAAGAGGACAUUCGGGUCCACUGGGUCCCCCAGGUCAAAGUGGAAGUCCAGGAGCUUCAGGUGCUAGAGGGCCUCCUGGACCAAGCGGGCCACCUGGCAAAGAUGGAAGAGUUGGUUAUGCAGGCCCCAUUGGUCCUCCAGGUCCUCGUGGGAACAGAGGUGAAAGUGGACAAGCGGGUCCACCCGGUCACAGUGGGCCUCCUGGUCCUCCUGGUCAACCUGGAUCACCUGGUCCAUGCUGCGGUGGUAAUGGUAAUGGUCGCAAAGGUGGUGGUGUUGAUGACAUGGGCUACUAUGGCGAUCAGACAUCCGAGGGCAAAAUUGACAUGGGAGAGAUUUUAGCUUCACUGAAAUCAGUCAACAGCCAGAUUGAAAACAUCAUUAGCCCUGAUGGUUCACGGAAGAAUCCUGGCCGUAACUGCAGAGAUCUCAAGUUCUGCCAUCCUGAACUUCCAAGCGGAGAAUACUGGAUCGAUCCUAACCAAGGUUGCAAACUGGAUGCCAUCAAAGUAUUCUGCAACAUGGAGACUGGGGAAACAUGCCUCAGUGCCAAUCCCUCAAGUAUCCCAAAGAAGAACUGGUGGACAAGCCUUGGUCCCGAAAAGAAGCACAUUUGGUUUGGAGAGACUAUGAACGGAGGCUUCCAGUUCAGCUAUGGAGAUCCAGAUCUUCCUGAAGAAGUUGCAGAUGUUCAGCUGGCAUUCCUCAGAAUCCUUUCCAGCCGAGCCUCCCAAAACAUCACCUACCACUGCAAAAACAGCAUUGCCUAUAUGGACGAAGCCAGUGGGAAUGUGAAGAGAGCACUCAAGUUCAUGAGUUCUACUGAUAGUGAAAUCAAGGCAGAAGGAAACAACAAAUUCACAUACACAGUUCUGGAAGAUGGCUGUACUAAACAUACUGACGAAUGGGGUAAAACCGUCUUUGAAUACAGAACACGCAAGCCGAUGAGGUUGCCGGUGAUAGAUAUUGCACCUUUCGACAUUGGCGCUUCCAAUCAAGAAUUUGGUGUGGACGUUGGCCCAGUUUGCUUCUUAUAAAUCACGAGUAAUGCUCAUUCUGAACCCUAGAAAGCAAAUUCACACUCCAUCUUUGCUCUUGUUUUAACUUUGGCAACUAUUAGAGUCAAAUCAACAGUACCCCAGUUAUUUAUUUGCAAAAAAAUUCUGGAAAGAGGGGGGGGAGAAAAAAAACCAAGAUAAAUUCACAUAAAGGGUUACCAUUUUCUUAUUUUGCUCUCACACAGAAUACAACAAAAAUGUCUUUUGCUCUUUUUUCCUUUCACCAAACUCCCAUGUUCAACAAUACUCUCAUGGUGCUACAUUGCAACUUCAACACUCAGUAACUCAAAACUGUAAUUUUAGUUGAAUGCUUGUUCAAUCAAUCAAGCACUAAAGGAUUCCAGCAUCCAAGUUUACUUUCCAUUAUAAGAUGCAGUUCAUAAAGCUAGAGAGAAUUCCCUGUUUCAACUACCUCAACAUGGACAGAAACCGGGAUAGAUUUGAUGAUUCCCAUCAAGAAAGCAGAAAGAAAAAUGUGUUGGGACCAAGGAAUACAUCUGGUCUUUUUUGUUUGUUAGUUUGUACCUGUGCCAGAUUGAGCUGAACAGAGUAUAGUCCAUCAGAAGAAAAGAAUGCCCUAAUACCAACAGACUUGUGUUAUUUUAUUUCUGGACUGCAUUUAUGUUUUAAGGGUGCUCCAAAACUUUCCUGUCAUUGCUGGUCAACCACUACAAUUUGGGAAGUGUAAAAAAGAUAAAUAUGAUGGUGCUAGUUGUGUAUGUUUUCCCUUAUAAAUCUGCAAGCCAGGUUUUAUUGACUUGCCUAGAAACACCAAAACUUGACAACAGUCAUAAAUGUCUCUUGUUGGAUGUCAUAUGGUUGGUAGGCCAUUUCUGAAGGGCUGUUCUUCCUUCACUCUGUAAAAGUCAAUAAAGAUGCAGAAUCAUGAGUUUCUCUUGUCACAUUCACACAUGUAUAGUGUUGGAGGUUAACCAUCUUUGUAAGCUUUUAUACAGUUGUUGGUCUUUUCUUUACAGAGACACAUAAUAAAAUAUUGUAAUAAAA